GUUUACAGUAUUCUGGUUCAUUAUUAAUUUUUCCGACCGUCAUUUGAACAUUUCAUACUGUAGUUCACGCCUAAUUCGUUCCGGUCCGCCGACAGAGCGGGAAAAUUUGUUUUGUGAUUUGCUCACGAUCGGAAUUAAAUUUUAUUAUGGCUGACUCAGCAAACACCUCUCCAAAAUGGACCAGACCAUCUAAUACAAUAAAGGUGAAAAGGAGGCGAAGAGGUUCGUUGGUGACUGAGACAUCUGCCUUGAGCGAUAGACUGAAUGACAUGAACAAAGAGGGCAGAUUGGCAACAAAGAGAAAAAAUCCAUUCAGUUGUAUCCAGAGGAACAAAAAACAUGUCAAAAAUAAUCAAACACAAAUUCAUGAAGAGAAACUAAUCACAACCAAAAGCGAUUCUCAGAAUGAACUGUUUCGAAGACUGAAUGAAGCAAGCUCAGACAAUGUACAAGAGUUACCUGAAUGUAGACACUCACAAAAUGAUACUAAUGAAAUGCUACGAGAAACAGAAGUGACAGCUAACCAAGAAUUAAAGGAGGAACCAAGAUCGCAACAGACUCGCACAGCAUUUGACAACUUCCCAAUUGAUUGGAGCAUAAAAACGCGACUGCGUUUUACAUCAGAGAAACCAUUCAGUUGGUGCACUUCACUCAAGAGUUCUGAGGAGGCCUCGGGAUUAUCGGCAUUCGUCAAGUGCGUGCACUCAUCUGCUCCAAGCUGCUUAGAGCUAACACAGGAACCUGCUUCAAAAAAAUCAGAUGUUCCAAGUCAUCUGAAAUCAAUGUUUCAUCAACAGACUAUGGUCUGGAUUCAUCCAUCAAUUCCAUGGUUUAAGGCAUUUCCUAGGAUUGUCCAAGAGCCAAAGAUAGCCAAACCGUCUUUCGCUGUCUCAACUGAUGCCAUACAGAAGUCCUUGUUUGCAAGCUGGUGUGAAAGUUUCCGUUCCAUCUUUCAUCUCUUUCGUGCAAAGCACUGUCCAUAUUUCUACCUAUGUGCCCAUCAGUUCUCAAUAUUAUUUCAAGCUGUUGGCAUUGGUGGCAGCAAACAAAUGCAGGCAAUCAUCACUCCUACAACCAAAGGAUUCCGGGAGGCAUUGUCCAGGGAAGGAAUACAGUAUUCACUUCCUGGUCUCCAAGUAGGAGAUAAUGAAAGACCAUUGACCACACCUGACUCGUCAAUAAAUAAUUCACUCUCUAAUAAAAUAGAUUGCCUUGAAAAUGUAUGUGCAGCUGAAGAAGUAGAGGACGAUGACAUCACACAGGAUGAUGAGGCUGCAUCGUCAUGGAUACAGAGCAUUGGAUUAGACAAGAAAGAAUUUCCAUCCCUUGAUCCAGCAAAAGUCAAAAUACAAAGGGACAAGAUGGUUAAACUAGACCACAAGCCCCAGUCUCUUGUACUGGUUGAAGGCGCAGACACCCAGGCUCUGUUCAAUUUCUUGCUCAACAGUAGCAGCACGGUGGCCGUUGCUGGGGCACAGGCUGGUGUUCCACCCACACUAUUAGCACCAGUGGCAUAUGAAGGGUCCACCCUUCAAAAGUGCAAGGUAAGAAACACAGUCAUUAAACAGAAAACAACAUCAGGGACCUUGGAGAGCGUCAACAGUCUAGAAGUCGCUGGAGUAAUAUUGCCAAAUUCAGUGAAAGGCCUUUGCGAGGUCUUAAAAUGUACACAGAACGGGAGCUACACUGCAUCUUUCAAUGUGCACGAGCCCACAGCACCUUUCAACCAAGUGCACUCAAAUACAGCCAAUCACAGUCCUGAGAAAUGUCACCUGAUUCAGUGUGGAUUGAGUGAUCACAUGAUCAGUGAGCUCCACACUGGGAAUAUGCUGAGCAAAGGUUUCCUAAGAGAGAUUGUAUGCAAAGAUGGAAAAUAUAACUGGUCUUUAUGAGACCACAAAUAUUCUAAAAUUGUAUUUUAAAUAAUAGUACUGUAAUCAUUUUUCUUUAGAAAAUGUUGUGAUAGCUAAUAAUAGAUUAUAAACAAAUAAAUGUAAUAUUGUGUAUGAAGUGUUUUUUCUAA